AUGGAUGUUGGUGAAGAUAACAUGGUGCAAGCUUAUUUGUUUGGUACAAUUGAAGCCUUCUAUAAUGCCAAUUUGGGAAUCACAAAGAAGCCUUUGCCAGAUUUCAGCUUCUAUGACCGAUCAGCUCCCAUUUACACUCAACCUCGAGAUUUAUCUCCUUCUAAAAUGCUUGAUGUUGAUGUCACAGACAUCGUUAUUGGUGAAAGUUGUGUAAUCAAGAACUGUAAAAUUCACCAUUCUGUGGUUGGACUUAGAUCAUGCAUAUCGGAGGGAGCAAUUAUAGAAGAUACAUUAUUGAUGGGAGCAGUUUACUAUGAGGUAAUCAUCUAUGUAGAUACUGAAUGA